GGAAUGGAUUGAAAUUGAUAAUGUAAGGGCCACAGGAGGCUGUUGCUGUCAUCCAUUCCCUCAUCUACUCCUCUCUUGUGUGCAAUUGCAUUCUUCUGCAGAUCUAUCCCGUGGCGCGUAGCUUGAUGACGGCCAAUCGCCUUGCAGCCCUUCCAUAGAUAGCUCUCCUAGCUGCCGUCCCAUCCAUCGCACUGCACUGACGAUGCAGCGAGGGUGGGACAACGGCAACCGCCGGGUGCGGCCCGAGUACAGAGAGGACCGUGUCCGUGCGGAGGAGCGGUGGCUGGAGGACAAGCUGGGCGUCGAGGUGCUGCCCUGCUACGGCACCACCUCUCAGCGUGCCGCCCCGACCGUCCGCCGGGAUGGCUGGCUGCUCAACGUCAAGGCCACCACAGUAGCGCAGAACAUGGCGGACCGCAAGGGCGAUGCGGCGGUGUGGCUGUUUGCCAUCGACAAGGACGGCAAGGUCUUUCGCACCACGUUUCGGUACGCGCCCUACUUUUAUGUGGAGGUGGCGCAGGAGGCGGGCGUGGUCCAGUGGGUGGUGGACUUCCUGGACAAGAAGUUCGGCAAGCAUCUGGUGGGGAUGGGUGAGGGGCCGCGGCCGGAGAAGGUGCUCAAGGAGGACCUGGCCAUGGAGGACCACCUCAGGAAGGGCAACUCCAAGACAUUCAUCAAACUCACAUUCCGUAACCAUCCACCCGACGACGGACGGACGGACGGACGGACGAUCCACACAUAGGUCAACACGUUUGGUUUGACGUGUGUGCAGGUACGGUCGAGGAUUUGCAGGAGGUGAAGCGUGAGAUCAAUGGCAUCCUGAAGGCCAACGAGCGGAAGCAGAAGGGCAAGAUCCCCACCACGUCGGCGGCCGACGAGUUCGCUAACCUGCUGGGCAGGCGGGCCGGCGGCUACGACGACACCACGGCCAUCCGUGGGCUGUACGAGGCCGACGUCCUGUACGUCCAGCGGGUGUGCAUCGACAACGACAUCCGAUGCGGCAAGUGGUACACCUUCGAGUGGAACCCCCCCAACAAUCUCAAGGCAAGGCAACCACAAAAAACGACAACGCACACAGAGAGAGAGAGAGGGCGCCGAUCGCAUUGGCGUGGUGCUUUGUCUUGUGGCGUGGCGUGUUGAAUGCAUGCGUCAGUUGAGGUGUCUGGAGGGCAAUGGUGUGGUGCACGUUCGUCCGGAGGUGCGGUGUUUGGCGUGGGAUAUCGAGACGACCAAGGAGAAGCUCAAGUUCCCCGACGCGACCUACGACGAGAUCAUGAUGGUGUCGUACAUGAUGGACGGGGCGGGCUUCCUCAUCGUCAACAGGGCCAUCGUCAAGGCAGACAUCGAAGACUUCGAGUACACCCCCAAACCCGAAUUCCAGGGCAACUUCACGGUCCGUCCGUCCGUCGGUCUGUGUGUGGGGUGGUGGGGGUGGUGGUGGAAGGGAUGGAUGGAUGGAUGGAUCUGUGUGUGGUUGUCUUGUGUGUGUCUUUCAGGUGUACAAUGUCGAGAAUGAGCGUGCGCUGCUGCGUCGGUUCUUCGACGACAUCCGUGACCUCCAGCCGCUGGUCUUCGUCACAUUCAACGGAGACUACUUCGACUUCCCCUUCGUGGCCAAACGAGCCGAGGUAGCUUACCUACACACACAACCACACAGCCACCGACUCUCUCGCACCGCAUGUGUGUGAAUGGAAUGUGUGUGUCAGAUUCACGGCAUGAAGCUGUGGAGCGAGAUAGGUGUGCGCGAGAGCAAGGAGGCAAUGGACACGAUCUUCUCGGGCCGCUUCUCGCUGCACAUCGACUGCCUCUACUGGGUCAGAAGAGACUCGUACCUGCCGCAGGGAUCGCAGGUGCGCCUCCCUCGCCACCCACCCAGCCAGGCGCACACAGAGACAGAGAGAGAGACACCGACACUGCCGACACUGCCGACACUGCCCGCCCCCCCCGUGUGUGUGUGUCUGUAUUCUGUAUCUGUCCUGCAGGGUUUGAAGGCGGUGACCCGUUCGAAGCUCAAGUACGACCCCGUAGAGCUUGACCCCGAGCUCAUGCAGCCAUAUGCUGAGGAACGGUCAGCCACACACACACACACACACACUCGCGCACACAUGGUUGUAUGCGAUGCGGACCAAUCCCAUCCCUGGUGUCUGUGUGUUGUCCAAUACCUAUCUGAUCUGAUCUGCCUACCAUCCAUCCAUCCAAUACCAGUCCACAGGAUUUGGCCACCUAUUCGGUGUCUGAUGCGGUGGCGACCUACUACCUGUACAAGAAGUACAUCCAGGACUUCAUCUUCGCCCUCGGCACCAUCAUUCCCAUGCACGGAGACGACGUCCUCAGAAAGGGAUCGGGCACGCUCUGCGAACAGGUCGCCCUCCGAUGACCGGAUGGAUGGCAUGGCGGGGAUUGUCUGUCUGUCUGUCUGUCUGUGUGUGUGUCUGUCUGUGUGUGUGUCUGUGUGCUGACCAGCUGCUGAUGGCCGAGGCGUACCGUAAGAACAUCGUGUUUCCCAACAAGCACAAGGAGAGCCCUCUGCAGUUCCACAACGGCCACCUCCUCGAGUCAACCACAUACGUCGGUGGACGGGUCGAGUCGCUCCUCACCGGCAUGUACGCACACACCACACACACACACACUGACGGGGUGGCGUGGCACCAACACACACUCGUCAGUCACGAGUGUGUGUGUGUGUGGUGGGUGUUGUGCUAUCAUUGCAGCUAUCGCAGCGAUCUGAAGGAGUCCUUCAACCUCAACCCCACGGCCCUCCAGCAACGCAUCGACGAACUCGAUAAGACAUUAGGUGCGCACAGCACACCAUACCGCUGCUAGUAGUGUCGGUCGGUGAUGCAUGUCAUGUCUGCUGCCCUUGCUGUUCAGAUUUCUAUCUGCGUGUGGAGAACGACGUGAGUCAAGAGGACGUCGAGAACUUCGAUGAGGUGCGGCAACAGAUCCUGCAGGCGCUGACGGCACUCAGGUACGUGGGUACCUACCUGCACACACAAUCAAUGGAUGGAUGGAUGGAUAGCGGAUGCACUCAAUGGGUGGCCUGUGCUGUGUCUGUCGGCCAGGGAUGAGCCCAAGCGUCAGGAGGAGCCGCUGAUCUACCAUCUAGACGUGGGCGCCAUGUACCCCAACAUCAUCCUCACGAACCGACUGCAGGUACGACUGACUGCACACAAACACACAUUGCCACUCCUUGCAUGGCAUGCAAUGCAAUGCAAUGCAGCCGUCGUCGAUCGUCACAGAGGACUUCUGCAACCGAUGUUCCUUCUUCAGCGAAGGUAGGUGCGUGGGGUCGCACCGGGUCGGUCACACCGCAUAUAUCAGAAACACCCCACAUGUGUGUGUGUGCGUGUCAUGUUGGUCCCUCCCUCAGCUGAGGUGUGUCAGCGUCACAUGGAGUGGACCUGGAAGGGCGAGCUCUACAUGGCCAGCAAAGCGGACUACAACAACAUACGCGCACAGAUCGAGUACGAGAAGUUCCCCCCCAAAGCAGCAGCCACCGGACCCACACCAGGAGGGUGGCGCAGGAAGCAACCUGCUGCCCCCACCAACGCUGCUGCUGGUGGUGGUGGUGGUGAUGGCGACGGUGGUGGUGGCGGGAAGGGCGACGAGUCUGAGGAUGAGGGUGGUGGUGGGGGGGGCGGUGUGAGGGGUCGCCGUGAUAGGGACGACAUGGACGUCGAUGAGCAGGGGGGCGGGGGCAAGGACAAUGCCGACAGGAGGGCAUACAGAAGGUGGGUGAAUAUAGUGGAUGCACUGCACAGAUGAGGAAGAAUCGGCAGAUGAGGACACACUCUACAUUUCUAUCUACCUUUCUCUGCCUGCCUGUGGUGUGUGUUGUGUUGGUGUGUGUCAGGUGGCAUGACCUGACUGAGCAAGAGCAGGCCGACGAGCUCAUCAAGCGCAUCCGGGCGUUCUCGCAGAAGGCCUACAAACGCCUCAAGAAAUCAGAGGUACACGCAACACAACACAUACAACCAAACCCACACGCAGCCCAGCCCACCUUCCUUGACGCACCUCGUUAAUUGCCUCCCCCCCGUGUGUGUCCGCAGAUUCAGUUGCGCACCAAUAUAGUGUGCCAGCGCGAGAACCCAUUCUACGUCGACACCGUCAGGCAUGGAUCCCCCCCCCUCCCGACCCCACACACACACGGCACUCAUCCACCCCAGCCGCCCGAAUGAUAUAUUGAUAUGCGUAAUAUAUUUGUGUGGUCGAUGUAUGUCAGGGCGUUUCGCGACCGUCGUUAUGAGUACAAGAAGGAUCUCAAAAAGUGGCGCAAGAGGGGCGAGGAGGCCGAACAGCAACAGGACCUCGCCAAACUCGCACAUGCAAAGGUGAGGGAGUGAGUGAGUGAGUGAGUGGGCGGGUGAGGUGAGAUGACCAACAAACAAGGGGGACGGACGAAACACACAUCUGCGUUAGUCAGUGCAUGUGUGUGUGUGUGUGUUGGCUGCGUGUGGUGUGGUGUGGUGUGGGUGGCUAGGACAUGGAGUUGCUGUACGACAGCCUGCAGCUGGCACACAAAUGCAUCCUCAACUCGUUCUACGGGUGGGCGGGUGCCUACAUGCAUCAUGACAUGCACUGCACUGCACGGUCUGAACACACGUGUGUGUAUCUGUGUGUCUGUGUGUGUGUGUGUCUGUCUCUGUGUGUGUGUCUGUGUGUGUGUGUCUGUGCAGGUAUGUGAUGCGCAAGGGUGCCCGCUGGUACAGCAUGCCCAUGGCCGGCAUCGUCACCAAAACAGGCGCUGACCUCAUCAAAGAGGCCAGGUGGAGUGGAUCGGAUCACACCACACCCAGCCGACUGCUGUUUGGCUGCCUGGCCUGCAUGUCAGGGUGCUGGUUGACGGCGUGGGCAAGCCGCUGGAGCUCGACACGGACGGCGUCUGGUGCAUGCUGCCCAAGACUUUCCCAGGUAGGGUGCGCGGGCAGACAGAGACGGACACGGGCCGGCCACUCACUCCUUAACUUCGGUCGGCAGAGACCUUCUACUUGAAGCUUCGUGACGGACGGCAGCUGCGGAUGCAGUACCCCUGUGUGGUGCUCAACCAGGACGUCAACCAGAGAUACUCUAACAACCAAUACCUGGUUCGGUUCGCCUGCCGCCACACCCCACACACAUACAUACGGGGCAUCCCAUGUCUGUGUGUCAGACGUACGUGCCCGAGAGGGACUCGUGGGAGCGUUCGACUGAGUGUUCGAUCUUCUUCGAGAUCGACGGCCCCUACCGCGCCAUGGUCAUCCCCGCAUCGCAGGAAGAGGACAGACUGCUCAAGAAGAGGUCUGUCGGCACCCCACCCACACAAUACAAUACAAUUACCCCACCACCUUAACAGACACACAGACAUGGAUGGACAGCUCUCACAUCCCCUCUGUUCUGUGUGUGCUGUGUGGUGUGAGUCAGGUAUGCAGUGUUCAACUUCGACGGCAGCCUAGCGGAGCUGAAGGGCUUCGAGAUCAAGCGUCGUGGCGAGCUGAAGCUGAUCAAGGUGUUCCAAGAGGAGGUCUUCCCGGCCUUCCUCGAGGGCACCACACGCGAGGAGGCCUACGCCGCCGUGGGGGCCGUCGCCAACCGGUGGCUGGACGUCCUCGACAGCAAGGGGCACACACUCACUGACGACGAGGUCAUCGACCUCAUCUCGGAGAGCAAGAGCAUGUCCAAAUCCGUCAAGGUGCAGGCAGGCAGGCAGGCGCACACAGAUCAGAUGGGGGGCUGGGAGGGAGAUAUGGGCGUGGGUUUGGUGUGUGUGUGUGUGUUAUGUGAUAGGAGGCGGGCAGCUACAAGUCUGUGAGCGUGACGACGGCGACGCGUCUGGCUGAGGUGCUGGGUGAGCAGCUGCUGUAUGACAAGGGCGUCGUCUGCCACCUCAUCCUCUCAGAGAAGCCCAUCGGCGACCCCGUGUCGACACGAGCCAUACCCGUACGAACGCAACGCCCACAGACACCUACCUGCAUAUGCUGCACACCCUCGAAGACUGGUGACUGCACUGCGUCACGUGCAGGUGACGAUUUUCAAUGCGGACGAGGUGACGCGCAACCACUACCUGCGCAAGUGGCUCAAGGACCCCCAACACGACAACUUCGACAUACGAGGCGUCAUCGACUGGAAGUACUACAAAACACGGUACGCUACGGUCAGCCACCACCCACGCCACGCCACGCCACGCCACGCCCUCCACACCACUCAUCUCAUCUCAUCCAGCCACCUCUCCCUCUCCCCCCCUGCCAUAUGUCUAUAUGGCUGGCACGUGUGUCUGUCAGCUUGGGUGCGGCGGUGCUGAAGAUCAUCAGCAUCCCGGCGGCCUUCCAGGCCAUCGCCAACCCGGUCCCGCGAAUCGUCCUGCCAGACUGGCUCAACAAACGGCUCAAGGCCAAGGCCGACGCACACAGACAGCGCAGGCUCACCGAGAUGUUCAAGCAGGCCAACGCAGCCAACGCCGCCAACAAGCGCAAAGCCCCCCAGCCGCCAGACGGCAACGACGGCAACGCUCCUGACGACGACAGUGGCGCUGUGGUGAUGAUGGACAUCGAGGACCUCACGACCCCACACCCGUCCGCUGCUGCUGCUGCUGCUCCGAAGAAGCCGGCCGCCCCCCAGCAGAGAGACAUCCGCACGGACCGAGGGGUGGCGGUGGGUGCCCCAGCGCCACCAGGCCCACCACCCGCCCCACAAGCAGCGGAGCCGGCAGUGCUGUUCGCUGAGGACCCGAAGCGGUGGAUGAAGCAGCAGAAGAAGAAAUGGAAACAGCUCAGAUCGGUAAGAAGAGACGGGACAACAAAUCAUCCGUCUGGCUGUAUCCAUGAUCCAUUCAUUGACCGACCAUGUGUGUGUCUGUUCGUUCAGGCGUUGAAGGCCAACAUGGUGCGUCGGCGGCGUGGCGCCCGUCAGCAGAAGCGGCUGGACGAGGGGGAGGUGGGCAUCGAGGCCUUCUUCGGCAGGCAGCGCGAGAACCUCCUCACAUACGACUGGCAGGUGCUCAGUGUGCGGCAGGUCCCCAACGACAUGGGCCUACUGCUCGUGUGGGUCACCAUCGCAGAAACCAAGGAACUCUUCAAGUGAGACCAUCCUCCCCGUCCCCCUCCCACCACCUCACACGGUUCUGUGUGCGCCAAUGCUUGGCUGGCAGGAUCUUCGUGCGCGUCAAGCGUCGGCUGGUGAUCAACACGGCGAGCCCCCGGAAGGAGACGGCAGGCGACGAGGACGACGGCACGGGCGGGUCGUCUGGCAUCCGGUGCAAGGGUGUGGUGUGCGAGCUGCCGCGGGGCGCCACGGCCGUCCACUGCUAUGAGCUGGAGAUGGACGAGAACGACUACCACAGCUAUGGCCGGGAGGACGCGCAGUUCCUCAACGAAGAGGACAUCAUCGGCGUCUACGAGACGCAGGUGGGCCCUGCCGUCGGCUGUGGCUGGUGUUGGUGUUGGGGGAGGGGGAGGGGGAGGAGUGGGGAAGGAAGAUGGGCGUGCGUCUGUUGGUGUGUGCAGAUGCCUCAGUUGCUGUCGUUCGUGGUGCGGUAUGGGUCGCUCCUCUCGCUCAGAUCUAGCGAAAGCGCCAAACGUACCUGAGGGGGAGAGGGUUAAGUGAGGCAGACAGACGCACGCGACGCGCGAUGGAUGCACAUUUCGUCCUUCCUCGCUGCUGUCCGUGUUGUGGUGGUGUGUGUCUGGGCACCCACUUGACUUACUACGCACUCACAGUGUCUCUGAAGACGAGCUACUUCGAGGAGCCCCAGCUGCAGCCCCACUUCAAGCCCGCACGCCAGUACCUCCCCAACAUACCAUGCUUCAUCUUCGUCAAAAUCGCAUGCACACACAACUCCAAAAUGUGAACACCAGCCACACCCCUGCACCGCACCCAACAGACCCCACAUGGCCCAUGUGUGUGGUGUGGUGUGCAGGUACUGUGCGAGUGUGUUCUGCACGGAGAGGAGAGAGGGGAUGGUUAUCUUCGGCGGCCCCCCGCCCCCCGACCGGCCCGACUUCGGCCGUGUGUUGGCGGCCAAGGACUUCUUCCGCCAGUACGGCCAGUGGAAGAUCGACUCCCACUACACCAAAAACGCUGCCAAUGCACACAAGGCCCUCGCCAAACACAUCACAGACCUCUCCAAGAAGGGCCUGCCCUCGCCCUUCAUGCUCCUGCAGACCACACUUGACGAUGAAUCGGUCGGUCGGGGGGGUGACUGACUGGGGAUGGAUGGAUGGGUUACAGCGAAUGUGUGUGUUUGUCUGUGUGUGUAUGUGUGUGACAGUUGGGUGAGUUUUGGUCGUCGAGUUGUCCGUUGCCGUGGGCUCGGCUGCCCGAUGGCUUCCCGCAGGAUGACGACAUUCCACCACUGCAGUGGACCAUGUCAGCAAGCCACAGAUAGAUACACAGAGAGAGACACUCGCCCACGAACAGGCAAAUCGUUUGUUUCUCCCGCCCCUCUCUCUCUGUCCGUUCAUCAGUUGGGCGGCCCGUCGUUCAGCAGAUCGUUGCAUCGCGGCGAUGGAGUUCGCCAUUUGGCGGCUCAACGUGGCGAGGAUGUGCAAGAUCCCUAUGGGGGCCAUCAUGGAAAUGACCGACGCCGACCUGGGCAUCAACGUCCUCGACAUACUCUUCGCACGGGCACUCAAGGAACACAAAAUGGUCAGCCAGCAACCAGACAUACACAGACAGACAGACAUACACAGAGACGAUCCCUGGCAUGCAUCAGCUGGGUGUGUGUGUGGUGUGAUGCGGUGUAGGUGUGGUGGUGUUCGUGGGGUUGUUUGCCCGAGGUGGGUUUGCCGCCCGACACGGCGACCUCGAGCGUGUUCGACCCGUCCGAGAAGCUCCCCUUCCAACCCACCAACUGCGCCGGCGCAUACAGAGCCACCUGCGUCAAAUUCAAGCUCGACAAGAAGGUAAGGUAUGUAAUGAUUGUAUUGUAUUGUAUUAUCCCUCCCUCCCUCCAUCCACCCUCACACACACACACAUACAAACAUACAUACUCUUCAUUUGAGCUCCCUGCCUGCCUGCAGUUGUGUGCGGCGGCGAUUCGCGAGUGCCGUCAGCUGUCGGAGUUGUCAGGUGUGGACGAAUUCUUCAGCGCCGCCCACACGUCGAGCGGCGCCCUCGACAGCAAGCCCCAUCGCAAGGGCAUCCACCCGACGGCCACGCAGGCCGCGAUGGGCACACAGGGGAGCAGCUCAUCGGGUGGUGGGAGUGAUGGGCCCUCGUCGGGUGCCUUGCUGCUCAAGGCCAAACACCAGUUCCCGCCCUCGGUCGCCACACCCAGAGCCCUCUCCGUAGGCCAUCCUCAUGUGUGUUGUGUCGAGCUCAUCCAUGUGUGUGUGUGUGCCGGGGUGGAAUACAGGCGUUGAAGUCAGUGGUGGAUCUGAUGAUGGACCAGGGCCGCGUGUGGUCCGACGCGGCCAAUUUCUUCCUGAUGCAGCUGCACCGCUGGCUCAGCACACCCCAGUCGGCCUUCCACGACCCCGCACUGCAGAGAAAGGUCGCCGACUACGAGAGGAAGCUCUUCUCCCUCCUGCUGGGCCACAUCCGGCGGGUCACGGACGUGUCGCUGGUGUACGGGGACUUGGACGAGCUGAUACUGUGCACAGGCCGGAUCGACCCGCAGGAGAGCGGCAAGGUGGUGGAGAGCCUCACCAACCAACUCGCACUCAAGAAAAUGUUCAGGAGCCUCAACCUCUCGGUCGGUGGUGUGGUGGGUCAGGCGGGGCGCUGCAGCUGAUGGGGUGUGUGUGUGUGUGUGUGUGUCAAUAUGUCCGUCGGUACGUCGGUGUGGUCAGGCUCCCGACGAGGCUUAUGUGGCGCUGCUGUGGCUGGACCGGUCCAACUGGACGGGGAUACUGGCAGACACCGAUGACGACGGACGGGUGGGGUGGGAUGGGCACAACACAUCCACAUGACAUUCACCCAAAAACCGACCAAUGAAUGCAUUUGAGGGGACGGCACGCGUGUAUGUUGUGUCUCAUUCAGAUAGUGCUGCAGACAUCUGCCAUCAGUGAGUGGCAAAUGGCCUGCUUCCUCCCAGACGCACUCAGCGGCGCAUUCAUCAAGUGAGUGAAGGAGUGAGUGAGUGAGCCACAUGGACUGACCUGACGGGUGGGCGGGGCUGCGACCCUCCUCCACCCACACCACACCACAGGCACUGUGCCGAGUUCCUCUUCAAGUCCGUCGAGGAGACCACACGGAUCUACAACAGGUAGGUCAACACACAACAGACAGACAGACAGGCAGGCACAGCCAAAGAACCAAUUGGUGACGCUCAUAUGUCCGUCCAUGUGUGUGUGCCACGUGUGGUGUGCAGCAAGAUCGACCAGGGUGGCGACGCUGCGAUGAGCAGUGGCGGCCGGGCGGGCAGCAGCAGCCUCAACGAGCAGCUGCGGGAGGCGCAGGCGGCCUUCAUGAAGGAGAUGAUCGACGGUUGGCACGGCAGGCUCCUGCGCUUUGUGGGCGACAUCGAGAAGAACCGGAUUGACUGCAUCCGACGCGCACAGGAGGCUCCUGACGACGGUAGGUACGUAGGGACACUCUGGCCAUCCAUCCAUCCAUCCAUCCACACGCAGAGUGAGUGAUCGCCCAGCGUCUGUGUGUGUGUGUCUCUGUUUGUGUGUCAGAGUUUUGUGACGCCAGUGACGAAGAUGAGGACGACGAGGAGUUUGCCAGCCUUGAGACGAGGCGACAGAGGAAGAUACAAAAGGAAACACAGUGAGCAUCCUUCCACACGCACACACACAGGGCAGGGCAGGGCACACACGCACAGCAUAUGCGCCACCGGAAACUUGAUUCUCUGCACUGCGCUGCGCUGCGCUGUGCUGUGUGUGCACUCCACUCCACCCCAUCAGGCGUUGGGAGCUGCCUGUGCGUCCGGCCGACCUGCCGGCUGGUUCGCAUCAUCGUCACCACGGCAGUUCGCUGCAGCUGCUCUUCAUCCGGUAUCUCAUGAAGGUCUUCUCACAAGACACACUGGUGGCCGACGAAGUCACGGUCAGCGAGCGAGAAGCAUACACACAUACACACACAAAACACGACAGACAGACAGACAGACAGACCACGUUACUUUGCACCACCUGCCUUUGCUGUGUGUGUGGUUGUUUCAGGCACUGCGUCGCGACUUGCUGUCGCUGGUCAAGGUGAAGGAGUUCUCGCCAGAGGGAGAGUGGAGGCCGCCGUGCAAGUGCGUGAUAUUGACAAUACAGAGAGGGAGGGGAGGAUCUGUCUCUGUCUGUCUUUUGCAGGUCGCUGGUGCUGCGGGACAUCGAGUGUUCGCACUGCCACCGUGUGUGUGACAUGGAUCUGACCACUGACGAGUGGGCCUGUCCGGCAGAGGAGUGCCAUGCCGACUAUGAGCCGGAGUACAUCGAGAGCAGGCUCGUGCAGGAAAUAGAAGAGCGCGUGCAGCACUUCCAGGUACACACACACACACACAGAGAGAGACAGAGAGAGAGAGAGAGAGAUGCACAGGCAGGUUGUUUAGGUGCUCUGUGUGUGUCGUGUGUUGUGGUCUCUCUCUCGCACAGAACCAGGAGGUGUUGUGUCGAAAGUGUCGGCAGGUGCAGCUCCCCCGUCUACCCCGCACAUGCCAGUGAGUCGCAUGCCUACGCCUCUGCAUCCACUUAUCCACUGCUGUCAAUCUGAUGUCUCUCUCUCUCUUGUGUGUGUGUGCGUGUGUGUGCGUGUGUGUGUGUGUGGCAGCUGUGCCGGUGCUUUCGUGGGCCGCAUCGACGUGGCAGAAAUCCGGUCGGUCAGCAGAGAGGGAAACCAUGACAACGAGGGGAGGGGCAGCAAGGGUGUCUGUUGCGGCAUGGUGUGUUGCGCUGUCUGUAUGUGCAGUGAGUUUCUUGAGUCGGUUCGUUACGUGGCUGAGAACCACCCGUCGCUGGAGGAGGGAGGCUGGCUCGCAGAGACCGUGGGGUUCGCCGACAGUGUACUCUCUCUGUGACACAAAUGUGUGACUUGACUGACGUGUCACUUGAACCUUGGGAGUCGAGUCCACCAACAGCCCAUGACACGCGCCUGUCUGCACGGCGCGGUGCGGUGUGGGGACCGAUGUGCGUGUCGAUAGGGUGCUGUGUGUCAUGUCAUGUCAUGUACGUGGCGUGGGUGAGCGGGUGUUCAUACUUCGUAUAUAUCACUGACCCACUGGAUUUCGCCAGCCUGCUCUGCUGGGCUGGCGAUGUGCGUGGUGUCAUGUAUCGACGUGCCAUUCGAUUCGUUCGAUGGGGAGGCCAUUCAUUCUCUUGGUUCAUUCGACAAAUGAGUCAGUCGAUAACAUCCAUCCAUCGAUCCAUCCAGUCGGCCACCCGCGGGAGGGAGGCAGCAGGGGCAAAGCACACCACACCACACCACACCACACCGCGUAUUGUAUGCAUGCAUUGCAAGCACUGCACAGCCGCCAGCCAGAAGGGAGAGGCGGUGGGUACUUAGGGACGUACACGGCCGGGCCGCAUCACGCUUUCGUGCGUGCGUGCGUGAGGCGUGCUGCGCUGUGCUGUGCGGCCUUGAUUCUUUCUCCUUUCUGGUGAGUCAGUCAGCCCCCUCUGCUCGCAGACAUGGAUGGAUGGCCGGUGUAUACAGCCAUAUACAGACACAACGACAGUCGACGGACGCAUUCAUUCAUUCAG